UUUAACAAAGUUGGCAACCAAAUGUCUGAUUACAGUCCAAUCCCUCAGAAACGUCUCAACCUCCGCCAAAUGAUGAAUAGAGAGAGAAGUGAAAGCGAGAGCGAGUCUGAAAUUAAGAAUGAUGAACCCGUAAGGAAAUUGUCCCUUGAGAGUCUUGGGAAGAGUGAUCAUCGGUCACAUGAACGCUCAGCCAAAAGUUCUAAAAAUAGAUCUGUUUAUAAGUCUGAAGAGAGAACGGUUAAAAAGGCUAGAGAAACAGCAGUACCUCAUCAUAUGAUGAAUACUAUUGGGUCUCAUUCAGAAUAUGGCUCUCCUUCUAAGAGGAGAAAGAUCAAUAUUCGAGAUAAAAGUGCUUUAUCGUAUAAUAAGCAUGUAAUGCGAGUCUCAAAAGCCAAUGGCUCUUUUGGGAAAAGAGAGCGUAGGAAAAAGAAUCAUGGAAGGAUCAGAGUGCAAUCAUCCAACACAACUAAACCACCAACAAAUUAUUUCGAUAUAGACGAGCUUGACCAAGACCUUCCAGAAUUAGACCUAAUGAUGGAUUAUUUGGAGAAGCAGAUGCCUCCAGCAAUUGAGCUAGAGGAUGAAGAAUUUGAUGUUGAAGGAAUGAUUACUCACAAUGCUAAACUCAGAGACAAGAUUACCCGCAUAGUGAUUAUCUGUAAAGAAACUAUUCAAAGAGUGUCAAAUUUAAAAUAAAUCCAUCGUCACUCACAGAACUAUGCCUGAAGACUCUGAUACUCUUAAAGAAAAGCGAGAAGAGUUGAAGAAUUGUCAAAAGCAGAACGUUAUUGCUCAGAAGUACAUUCUCGGGCUUAAGCAGAAGAUAGUAGCUACUGAAGCAGACAACAAUAUAACUUCUCAAAAAUCUCAUUUCGGAACUGGCCUUGGCAUACAUAACAACAACAUCAAGAAGCUAACAAAAGAAGUGCUGAAACUAGAAGCACAUAAGAAGAAAUUAAUAGAAAGUCUUUAUUCCCAGUGGAAGGAUCUGACUAGGCUUAAUCCUGAGACUGAGUUUAAUACCAAGGUUGAGAAGGCAGCAGCAAAGUUAGGGGAGUUUAAGAAGGAAAAUAUGGAAAUGCAAGCCGAGCUUAAGGAAAUUGAGGAACAGCAUAAAAUUGUACUUAAAGAGUAUGCAAAAGUGUCGAAGAAAAAGAAUGCAUUGGUGAAUAAAUAAGAUCGCAUUGAAGAAUAAUAUUUCGCAGUCUGAAUUUGAUAAAUAAGAGUUUUGUAUUAGAUCAAGAGUAUGAGACGACAAAGACCAGGCAUGACAAACUUAAGCAGUUAAUGAUAAAUAAAGAAAUCAAACAAAUUGAUAAAAUUCUAGAGAAGGAAAAAUAAAUGAGCAGUAUUAGAACAAAGAAUCGUAGAAAUGAAAGAAAUGCUUGCCGAAUCGAAGGUGCAAGCUGAAAAGAAUUCUAAAAUACUAGCUCAGAAGAAGGCUAUGGUAAAGGAUACAGUGACAAAGACCAUAGUUCCACCCUCUCCAUCUAAACCUCUGUCACCGAACAGGAAAGGUUCUGUGACUUUUGACUAUAGAGAUACAGGUUAUGAAUAAAUAUUUUACUAAAGAGGUUUCAAUCUGA